UUGAAAGUUGGUAGAAGAACAAUAAGGUCAGACGAGGGUACAGAGGUCACUGAAUUGAUUUUUAAAAUUUAAAAUGUUCUCCCUACGGCAAGCAGCGAGUCUUGCAAUCCGAAAUGCAAGAUCCAAACACACUCUCCCCGACCUACCCUAUGACUAUGCUGCUUUGGAGCCGAUAAUUUCUAGAGAUAUCAUGAGUUUGCAUCAUAGUAAACAUCAUCAGACUUAUGUAACCAACCUCAACGCGGCCGAAGAAAAACUGAAACUUGCUGUUGAGAAAGGAGACGUUAGUGCCCAAAUUGCUCUUGCACCUGCAAUCAAAUUCAAUGGAGGAGGGCAUCUCAAUCACUCAAUUUUUUGGCAGAAUCUCAGCCCUGGAUCAUCUCAGCCAAGUCCUGAACUGUGUAAGGCUCUCGACAGCUCCUUUGGAGGAAUCGAAAACAUGAAGAAACAACUUGCAGCUCAAACAAUUGCAAUUCAAGGUUCUGGAUGGGGAUGGUUGGGUUACGAUAAGAGCACAGGAAUGAUUAGAAUCUCUACGUGCAGCAACCAGGAUCCACUAGAGGCCACUACUGGAUUGGUCCCCAUACUGGGAAUAGAUGUCUGGGAGCACGCUUAUUAUUUGCAGUAUAAAAAUGUUAGGGCUGAUUAUGUUAAUGCCAUAUUCGAAAUUGUCAACUGGAAAGACGUUUCGGAGAGAUUCAAGAAAGCUAACAUUUGCUAAGUGACCAGGAAUAAGUACACAGAUGUCGCUUAUCAAUCUAUGUGAUAGAUACUUUUUGUUACUGAUAAAAUAUUAAAUAAACCAAUUUAAAGUAA